AUGGGAGGCGAGUGGGCUCUCAGCAGAGGCCAGCUUAGCCCGCGGGAGCUGCCUCUGAGCAGGGGGUGGGAGGGCAGUGCCGCCCUGUGGCUGCCGGGCUUCCCGGAUCCGGAUCGCGGCUCUCCGCACACGGGUCGCAGGACCACGCUGGGCACCUCCAGCACCCCAAGUCCGCGGGAGCGCACGCGGGCCCUGAUGCGGGACUUCCCGCUUGUGGAAGGCCACAACAACAUGCCCCUGGUCCUGAGGCAGUUUUACCACAAUGGGCUAUACCAUGGUAAUCUGCGCAAUUUCAGCCAUGGCUAGACCAGCUUGGACAGGCUGAAAGAUGGUCUCGUGGGUGGCCAGUUCUGGUCAGCCUACGUCCCAUGCCAGACCCACGAACGGGAUGCUGUGCGCCUCAUCCUGGAACAAAUUGACCUCAUCCACCUCAUGUGUGCCUCCUAUUCUGAGCUAGAGCUUGUGACCUCAGUUAAAGCUCUCAACAAUACCCGGAAGUUGGCUUGCCUUACUGGUGUGGAGGGCGGGCACUCACUGGACAGUAGCCUCUCCAUCUUGCGUACCUUCUAUGCGCUGGGUGUGCGCUACGUGACACUCACCCACACCUGCUACAUGCCCUGGUGA